AUGUCUUCACUUUCUGUGGAGUCAAACAAAGAACCAGCGAAAGAAAAUGUUUACCGGAGAGUGUUUAAUUUGGCAUUUCAUCACCCAAAAAAAGACGCUUGUGAUGCUUGUUCUGAAUUCAAAGCACUGAAAAUUCCUAGUGCUGAACAAACAACCAAACAUAGUGAGCAUAUAAAAAGAAAAGAGGAGGGCAACGAAGAAAGGGAAAAGGACAGAAAAAUAAAUGAGGCCAUAGCAGUUGUCACAUUUGACUUACAGAACAUUUUUUCUCUUCCGAAAGCCAACGUGUCCUGUUUUUUUACACGAGUAAAUUGA